AUGGGCGCACAAUGGUCUCAGGUUUUCCCACCUAAACCGACCUUCAAGGAAGACAACGUGGGUUCCCAAAAUGGCAAAGUAUUUAUCAUCACUGGCGGGUACUCGGGGAUAGGACUCGAGCUUGCGAAGAUGCUCUAUAAAAACCACGGUCGCGUGUACAUCGCCGGUCGCUCCGAGGACAAAGCCCGUCAGGCGAUCGAUGACAUACGAGUCGGUGCGCCCGCCUCCCAGGGUAUUCUCGAGUUCCUUCACUUGGAGCUCGAUGAUCUGAGUAGCAUUAAGGCUUCUGUGGAGUCUUUUAAGGCAAAAGAAUCAAAGCUUCACGUCCUCUGGAAUAACGCCGGUGUCUCGCGGCCACCCGUUGGUAGUGUCUCGAAGCAAGGGAUUGAACUACAACUAGCGACUAACUGUCUUGGGCCAUUCUUGUUUACGCGACUGCUUCUACCCUUGAUAGAAGAGACUGCCUCUACCGAGCCACCCAGUUCUGUCCGUGUUAUCUGGACUUCUAGUCAGAUCGUUGAGCUCUCCGCACCCCCAGGAGGUUUUAAUAUGUCUGAACUACAAACGCCUUCCAAAGACCAACUCCAAAAUUACAUAAUCUCUAAAUUUGGAAAUUGGCUUCUUGCAUCAGAAAUGGCGAGAACAGUUGGUUGUACGUCGGGAGUCGUCAGUGUAGCCUUGAAUCCAGGCUCUGCUUACUCAAACCUCUUCCGACAUACGCCGUCCCUCUUUUUUCGCAUGGCCUUUACUCUAUGCUCCAAAGAUGACAGCAUAUACGGAGCUUUACGCUGGGUUGUCAAAGGAUAUAAGCUUGAAGACAAAUGGAUGCUAUAUCGUGCCCUUUGGAAGAAUUGCGAAGGAGAAUGA